CCGGAGGACAAAUCCCCCCGGCAGAGCCUGGUGGGAGAGGCCGUUUUGAAGGGCUCCACGGUGCAGGAAGGCAGUGGGGAGGGAAAGCCACGAAGGUCCCCCAGGAGACGGGGCUCCAAAGCCAGCCCAGGGUGCUCUGAGGAGGAAAGACCCACCCUGUGCCAGGAAGGCGACGAGAGCUUGAGCGAGAGCUCCGACCUGGAGGUCCAUGAGCAGCUCCAUGCUGGGAAAAGGCCGUUCAAGUGCUUGGAAUGUGGGAAGAGGUUUAGCAAGAGAUACCACCUGAUCCGCCACCAGCGCACCCACACUGGGGAAAGGCCCUACAAGUGCUUGGAGUGUGGGAGCAGCUUCAGCCGGCGCUUCUGCCUGAUCCGCCACCAGAUCAUCCACACCGGAGAACAACCCUACCAGUGUGGGGAAUGUGGGAAGAGCUUCAAUGACCGCUCCAACCUCAUCACCCACCAGCGCCUGCACUCCAGGAAACGGCCCUACAAGUGCUUGGAAUGUGGGAAGAGCUUCAGCCUGAGAUCUGACCUGGUCCGCCACCAGAAGAUCCACAGUGGGGAACGGCCCUACAAGUGUCCUGAGUGUGGGAAGAGGUUUAAGACCAGCUCACAUCUCCUCCUGCACCAGCGGACGCACACAGAUGAGAGGCCCUUCCUCUGCACCGACUGCGGGAAGAGCUUCAACCGCAACUCCCACCUUGUCCUGCACAGGCGCAUCCACACUGGAGAGAGGCCCUACAAGUGUGAUGAGUGUGGGAAGAGCUUCACCCACAGCUCUGGCUUGACCACACACCAACGGACCCACCGGUAAGGAGAGCCCUGUGAGCACCUCAACUGCGGGAAGAGCUUCAUCUGCUGCUCCAACUCCAUCAGUCAUCGGAGGACCCACAUUGGUUCCACAGUGACCCACAUUGGGCACAGAUCUGUUGACUCAUGUUCCAGAUGAUCCAUACUGGGCAGUGCAUUGGGUUUGCCAGGUUUUGGUAGCAGGGGGACUCCAGGGCUGGGUUCUGAGAGCAGCUGCCAGAAACUUCCCCCAUGUCCAGCAGAGCCAAUUCCAGCUGGCUCCAGGAGGGACCCGCCGCUGGCCAAGGCCGAGCC